CAAAAAAAAGAUAGUUAUUGGAGAGAAAAAAAAGUAUGGGGAAGAAGAGGAUCGUGUUCUUUGCUUAUUUGCUCUUACGUACCAUCUUUAUAAGUUUUAGCUUUGCAGGGAUAACCAAAGAGAGCCCUCUGACAAUAGGACAAACUCUCAGCUCCUCUAAUGGAGUUUAUGAACUGGGGUUCUUCAGUUUUAAUAACUCCCAAAAUCAGUAUGUCGGAAUCUGGUUCAAGGGUAUCAUUCCCCGGGUGGUUGUGUGGGUGGCCAAUAGAGAAAAGCCUGUUACAGAUUCCGCGGCAAAUCUCGCUAUCAGCAACAAUGGAAGUCUUCUGUUAUUUAAUGGCAAAGAUGGCGUUGCAUGGUCCAGUGGAGAAGCUCUUGCUUCUAACGGGUCUCGUGCAGAGCUUUCAGACACCGGAAAUCUUAUUGUCCUAGACAAUUAUUCGGGAAGAACUCUAUGGCAAAGCUUUGAGCAUCUUGGUGAUACUAUGCUCCCUUUCUCAACCCUGAAGUAUAACCUCGCCACUGGCGAGAAGCAGGUGUUGACUUCUUGGAAAAGUUACACUGAUCCAUCGCUUGGCGACUUUGUGCUUCAGAUUACACCGCAAGUGCCAACACAGGUGCUUGUUAUGAGAGGAUCAACUACUUCGUCAAUUAGAACUUUAUCUACAACUCCGUUGAUAAUUUGAUACUCUUCUUUCCGGAAGCAGCAUGUCUUAUUGUUUAAUUUGUUUGUCUUAUAUAUCUCAGGUGGGAAUAAGCGCAAGAAGACCAUUACUGCUAGUAUUGUGAGCCUUUCUCUUUUUGUGAUAAUUGCGUCUGCUGCGUUUGGGUUCUGGAGAUAUAGAGUGAAACAUAACGGUAUUGAUUUUACUCCCAUUCUAUUGAUUUCUUUUGUUUAUUUACAGUAUUCAUUUUCUUGCUAUCGGUAAGACACUGAUGACCUAUAUUAUCUAUAAUUGAAACUCUAGUUUCAGCUAAUAUAAAAAAGGAUGCUUC